GAUACAACAACAACAACUACAAACUAUGUUCUUGAGUCUUCAAAAUAAAAUCAAGAUAAAAAAGUGGUCUUUUCUGUUAACUUUUGCAGAGGUUUAAAUUUGAAUUGUUAAUUUGGAAUUGUACUUCAUUAUCCACGGGUUUUUCUCUUUUUUGGGAUUUGGGUUUCUGGGAUUCUUUCACCAUCACUUCCAAGAUUGAAACUUUUUUAUUUUAUGCUUUUUAAAUUGUUGAAAAUGGAGAUGGAGUUUUGCAAUCGACACGUUCUGGGAGGUUUUUCUUUUUCCAACCUCUCUUGGACCUCUGUGCAAGAUCUAGGGUUUCUCUCUCCUCUUCUAUCUCUCUACCUAUGUUUCUUUAAUGCUUCACCAAUAUUUUAAUAGUGGGGCCAGUUUCAGAUUUUGUCUUGUUUGCUUUACGUUCUUAGAUCUUGCGGUUUAAUCGUUGAAUUCAGUACGUACACCAAUUCUAGAGAGAGAGAGAGAAUGUAUGUAUGUGAAUUAUUGCAUAAUUUGAAGGGAAACACAAGGCUCAGUGAGGCUUAUGUGUUUCUGGGCAAUUGGAGCAUUUCUCGAUGAAAGUUUUACAAACUGCAGCAUGGCAAGGACCCUUGAACGUUACCAUCGUUGCUGCUUUAAUACUCAAGACAAUCCCACUGAAACAGAAACACAGAGCUGGUACCACGAGGUCUCAAAAUUGAAGGCCAAGUAUGAAUCCCUUCAACGGACACAAAGGCACUUGCUUGGAGAAGAUCUUGGACCUCUGAGUAUUAAGGAGUUACAAAAUCUUGAAAAACAGCUUGAAGGUGCUCUUGCGCAGGCCAGGCAAAGGAAGACGCAGAUUUUGAUGGAACAAAUGGAAGAGCUUCGCAGAAAGGAACGUGAACUAGGAGACAUGAACAAGCAGCUCAAGAUCAAGAUUUCCCUAGAAAUGCCGGUGGAGAUGGAGGGACAAGGCCUGAGAGCCCUUCCAUGUCCAUGGAAUCUGACCUCAUCUGAAGGCAGUAGCUUUCCACUUCAAAUACAAGCUUCCACUCACAUGGCAAUGGAGCCUGAGCCUUUUCUACAAAUAGGGUAUCAUCACUAUAAUCUUGGAGAAGGACCAUCUGUUCCUAGAAGGGUAGAGAAUAGAGAUCAUGGUGAAGCCAGCCACGCUCACACACCUUCUCUAAGGCGCUGCAGGGACAGAGCUUCAAAGGCGUGGUGAAGGCGAAGCCUAUACCUGACAAGGUUCUCGUUCUAUCGGGCUCACUC